AUGAACUACAUAUUCUUGAAGCAAUGUGUAGAAAGCCGACCAGUAAUUCCAAUCCCACAGCAGUGGUUGAAAUCCAUUGAUGGUAAAAUCCCUCCUAAACAUAAAGACAAUAUUCAGAAAAGGAAACUCCUGCAGGAGCUCCUCUGCGAAGUCACCGACAAUUUUCAUGACGUUAUCGUCAAGCACACAGUGAACACAUUCUUAAAGAAUCCAGAGUGUGAAGACACUACCUCAGAGAAACAUCAAUCUCUCCCACUGCACAUUCUUGAAUUUUUCCCAACACGACACGAGACAUUUAUUGCAAACCGGAACCUGAUGAAGGAACAUUUGCACAUUUUACAUCCAGUUAUGCAAACUGUCUUGGAUAUUGGCUACACAACCUUUUCUUCAAUGGUUUUGGUGGAUAUUUCAGGAUAUAGGUCUUUGGGGCCUGUUGAUUGCAAGGUGCUACAUAAAGACCUGGCUGAAGAAUGUGAGGCGACAGAAGAGAGCAUCAUGGAUACCUGGUUCCCUAAAGUCAUCAACUUACUAACAAGUCCAAAAACAUUGGGAUCAGUUAAAGAAGAAUCACUAGAUGCCUUCUUUGACUGCGCAUGCACCCUAAUCUCUAAUCAGUUGAAAGUGGUCCUUGAAAGGAGUGUACAGAAGUUUGUUUACCCAUUUGAGCCAAGCAACUCCCACUUCUUGCCCAUCUUUCAAAUGGCGCUAACAUUUAAUGAAGAAAAGAUGGAAAUAUGCCCGACCUUACAGGAACUAGAAGCAGAUGUUUUUGAAAUCCUUAAUGCCAUCACAAGUACACUGCAGAAAGUCCAGACAGUUCAGUCAUGGCUGGAGAAAUCCACAUCUGCGUUUGUGGAUGCCAAGGCCACUGAUCACACACUUGUUUGGGCUCGUUUAACUGUAAAGGAAACUGUGUGUGACAAUCUAAAAGAACCACACUCAUAUUUCCAGAAUUACGUUGAGAACUAUGACUGGUUAGUCAAUGGAACUGCUCAGACUCGAGUUGAGACCUUUGUCCAAGAAACCCAUUCAUUUGAGGAAUAUAUUCAGCAAGUGGAUGAGUUCUGUGACUUGUCAAGGAAGAUUGCCAACCUCCCAACAAAAGCUCACUUUGCAAUGAUCCAGCUAGACUGUGAGAAGCUGAAUCAUGGACUGGCUAAUAAAGCUAAAGCCUGGGCUGAAAUACUUAUCGACACAAUGACAACCAAACAUUGUGAGCAAAUUCUGCAGAUCUGCUGUGAUUUUGAAACCAUCCAAGAAAAUGCUUUAAAAGUGCCAGGGACUACAGACCACAUGGCCAACAUGAUUGAAUACAUUGAAUUAACUAAGACACAGGGCAUUGCAAUUCUCAAUAGAAAAAUAGAGAAAGCCUAUGACAGACUCAAAUACUUCUUAGAUGUCCGCAUAUUAGAACCUGAAGCUCUAGAACUCAAUUCAACUGUAUUUACGUGGCCAUUGAAAAUCCAAGAGGUCUUUAAAAACAGCGAUGAGCUUUUGCAGAAGUCUAAGAAGACAGGAGAGCAGGAUAUGAUUGCUAAAAGAGAAAGCGUAAUGGUACACCUGGUCAAGCUGAAACAUAGAGUUGACGAAUUCCCCCACUGCUCUGAGCUGGAUAUGAUACAGCAGUACAUAACAGAGGUCAGAGCAGUUCAGACCCUUCUUCACGAGGCCGAAGAAGCCAUUGCUGACAUCAACAAAGAUGAGCUUUUUCAUCAGUGGGAACCAACAUGUUACCCUGAAGUUGAGGUCAUUAGAAAGAGUGUUGAACAGUACCAUAAGAUGUUUGGGUUCAUAUACAAAUGGCAGCGUGCAGAGAACAGCUGGAUGGAUGGUUCUUUCCAGGAACUAGAUGGGGAAGGAAUGGAGGUAAAACUUGAUGAGUUCUUCAGGGAGAUCUUUAAGAUGCUGAAGUAUUUCCAACAACAAAAGAGCAAGGGUAAACAAGAAAUUAGGAAGCCUACUGGAACCAGAGGACGACGUACUGAAGAUGAUACAAACAAGGAUUCCAAUUCUACAAUAGUCCUAGAUCGCCACUGGCAGCAUAUGUCAGACAAAGUUGGUUAUGACCUCACUCCUCACUCUGGUACAACACUACGCAAAGUUCUCUGUCAAAAAUUGGCUCCUUAUCUGGAAGAGUUUGAGUCAGUCAGUGCUGCUGCCAGUAAAGAAUUUUCCAUGGAGAAGGCCCUGGAAAACAUGGUCACUGCUUGGGAUGGGGUUUCCCUCCAGCACCAGCCAUACAGAGACACUGGUGUGUCUAUCAUUGCUGCUUUGGAUGAAAUUCAGGCAAUGCUUGAUGACCAGAUUGUGAAAACUCAGACAAUGAGGAGCUCACCAUUCAUCAAGCCUCUUGAAAAAGAGGUCAAGAUUUGGGAGGAACGUCUUCUUCGCAUUCAGGAAACCAUUGAUGAGUGGCUGAAAGUGCAGGCACAAUGGCUCUACCUUGAGCCCAUCUUCUCUUCUCAGGACAUAAUGCAGCAAAUUCCAGAAGAAGGAAGACUCUUCCAAAUUGUUGACAAAAACUGGAAGGAGAUUAUGCGGCACUGUCUUAAAGACUCAAAGCUUCUACAGGCAACCUCAAUGCCUGGUCUACUAGAUAAACUAGUAGAGUCAAACCGCCACUUGGAGACCAUCAUGAAGGGCCUAAAUGACUAUCUGGAGAAAAAGCGUCUUUUUUUCCCGAGGUUUUUCUUUCUAUCCAAUGAUGAAAUGCUGGAAAUUCUUUCUGAGACAAAGGACCCACUACGUGUACAACCCCAUCUGAGAAAGUGCUUUGAGGGUAUUGCCAAACUAGACUUCCUACCAAAUCUUGAUAUCCAGGCCAUGUACAGCAGUGAAGGAGAGCGGGUUGCGUUAAUUCAGCUCAUCUCCACAGCUGAGGCCAAGGGAUCAGUGGAGAAGUGGCUGGUACUAGUGGAAGAAUGGAUGAUUCGCAGUGUCAGGGAUGUAGUGGACCGCUCCAGAACGGACUAUGCUAAAACCCUACGCAACCAGUGGGUCAAAGAGUGGCCCGGGCAAGUGGUGAUAUGUACCUCACAAAUGUUCUGGACCUUGGAGGUACAUGAAGCCAUAAGAAUGGGGACUCAGGGUGUGAAAAACUACUACCAACAACUCCAGAAACAGCUGAAUGAUAUUGUGGGUUUGGUGAGAGGACAACUGCCCAAACAAACACGGAUUACUUUGGGAGCACUGGUGACAAUUGAUGUCCAUGCCAGGGAUGUAGUCAUGGAGCUCAUUGAACACGGUGUGACAAAUGAAAGUGAUUUCCGAUGGCUCGCCCAGCUUCGAUAUUAUUGGAGCAACAACAAUGUUCGUGUUCGAAUCAUGAACUCUGAUGUUAAAUAUGCCUAUGAGUACCUGGGGAACUCUUCUCGGCUGGUCAUCACCCCACUGACAGACAGAUGUUACAGAACUCUGAUUGGGGCUUUUUACCUAAAUUUGGGUGGUGCACCCGAGGGUCCAGCUGGAACUGGAAAGACUGAAACCACCAAGGAUCUAGCCAAAGCCUUAGCUGUGCAAUGUGUGGUUUUCAACUGUUCAGAUGGACUGGAUUAUCUUGCUAUGGGCAAAUUUUUUAAAGGUUUGGCUUCAUCUGGAGCUUGGGCGUGCUUUGACGAGUUUAACCGUAUUGAGCUUGAGGUCCUGUCGGUCGUAGCCCAGCAAGUUCUCUGCAUCCAGCGGGCCAUCAAGAUUAAGUUGGAAUACUUUGACUUUGAAGGAACCAUGCUUAAACUUAAUCCCAACUGUUUUGUGUCCAUCACAAUGAACCCAGGCUAUGCAGGACGUUCUGAACUCCCUGACAAUCUCAAGGUGUUGUUUCGAACAGUGACCAUGAUGGUCCCCAACUAUGCAUUGAUAGCAGAGAUCUCUCUCUAUUCAUUUGGAUUCCUCAAUGCCAAGCCUCUGUCAGUCAAGAUUGCAAUGACUUACAGGCUCUGUUCAGAGCAGCUCUCCUCACAGUUCCAUUAUGAUUACGGUAUGAGGGCUGUCAAAGCUGUACUCGUGGCUGCAGGAAACCUUAAACUCAAGUAUCCAGAAGAAAACGAGGACAUACUGUUACUGAGGUCUAUAAAGGAUGUAAACGAGCCUAAGUUUCUUUCUCAUGACAUUCCACUAUUCAAUGGAAUCACCAGCGAUUUGUUUCCUGGCAUCUUCCUUCCAAAGGCUGACUAUCAAUUAUUUUUGGAAGCUGCUACAGAGUGCUGUGGAAAACACAAUCUACAGUCAACACAGAUGUUCGUAGAAAAGAUGAUCCAAACAUUUGAGAUGAUGAUAGUCCGGCAUGGGUUUAUGCUGGUGGGAGAGCCAUUUUCAGGAAAGACCAAAGUGCUUCAUGUUCUAGCUGACACGCUGAUUCUGAUGAACGAAAGAGGAUAUGGAGAGGAAGAAAAGGUCAUCUUCAGGACUUUAAACCCAAAGUCCAUCACCAUGGGACAGCUGUUUGGACAGUUUGAUCUUGUUUCUCAUGAGUGGACAGAUGGGAUUGUGGCCAACACAUUUCGUGAGUAUGCAUCAUCUGAAACGCCAGAUCGUAAAUGGGUAGUGUUUGAUGGUCCCAUUGAUACACUUUGGAUUGAGAGUAUGAACACUGUGUUGGAUGACAACAAAAAGCUAUGUCUAAUGAGCGGGGAAAUUAUCCAGAUGUCCAAUCAGAUGAGUUUGAUUUUUGAAGCGAUGGACCUGUCACAGGCCUCUCCUGCCACAGUUAGUCGAUGUGGUAUGAUCUACAUGGAACCAUCUCAGUUAGGCUGGGAGCCUUUAGUUACCUCUUGGAUGAACACACUUCCUGAGGUUCUGCAGAGUCAAAAAAAUAAAAACCUGCUACGCGAACUAUUUUACUGGUUGAUGCCACCUUCUUUCAGGAUGCUGCGUAAAAACUGCAGAAAACAGGCGAUAAAAUUAUUCGUACCUGGAUCAUGGUACAAUUAAGAUAAUUAUUAUGAAUACAUUUUACUUAUAACUUUCCUGAGCAACAUAUUUGUUUUACAUCAAUUAAAUUUGUAUUUCUUCUGAUUGCAGGCAGCCUUUUUCUUUUCCUUGAUGUGGUCUGUGGGUGGCAGCUGUGAUUCAAACAGCCGGGACAAGUUUAGCGAGUUCCUCAGAGAUGUUGUGUGUGGAAGGAUAGAGGGUCACCCAAUUCCUGAAGUUGUGGGGAAAUGGGAAUGCCCAGUAGAUGAGAAAGGGCUAGUGUAUGAUUAUUUCUACGAGUUUAAAGGAAAAGGGAAAUGGGUUCACUGGAAUGAUGCCAUCAAAAAUGUCAGCCUCGGAGACAUAAACACCAAAGUGCAGGACAUCAUUGUUCCAACCAUAGACUCAGUUCGCUACACCUUCUUAAUGGAAAUGUGCAUCAAGCAUGGAGUGCCUUUGCUGUUGGCUGGUCCUACAGGCACUGGAAAGUCAGUGUAUGUGAAGGAGAUGAUGAUGACCAGUUUGGAAAGAGAUCUCUUUAUACCCCUCAUAAUCAAUUUUUCUGCCCGCACCACUGCUAACCAAACACAGAACAUCAUUAUGGCCAAAUUAGAUAAAAGGCGGAAGGGUGUGUUUGGCCCCCCCAUGGGAAAGAAAUGUAUCAUAUUUAUAGAUGAUGUAAAUAUGCCAGCACUGGAACAGUUUGGAGCUCAGCCUCCUGUGGAGCUUCUUCGACAGUUUUUAGGUCACAAAAAGUGGUAUGACUUAAAAGAUACUUCCAGCAUCAAAUUAGUUGACAUCCACAUUAUGUCAGCCAUGGGUCCUCCUGGUGGUGGAAGAAAUGCUGUGACAUCUCGCUUCCUGCACCACUUCAACAUUUUCAGCAUCAAUUCUUUUAGUGAUGAGACUAUGGUCCGCAUCUUCUCCAGCAUGGUGGCGUUCUAUUUCAAAAACAACAAAUUUCCUGCAGAAUAUUUCACUGUUGGCAGCCAAAUAGUGACAGCCACUAUGGAAGUUUACAAGAAAGCCAUGGAGAACUUGCUUCCGACGCCAGCCAAGUCUCACUACACGUUUAACCUGCGGGACUUCUCACGUGUUAUCCAAGGCUGCCUGCUGUUGAAAAGCAAAUCUCUGGAGAACAAACACACAAUGAUUCGCUUGUUUGUCCAUGAAGUUUUCCGUGUUUUCUACGACCGUUUGGUGGAUGACAAGGACCGUGCUUGGUUCUAUCAGCUCAUGAACACCAUCCUUAAGGACCACUUCAAGGAAGCAUUUAACCAAGUGUUUGCCCACCUGAAACAAGGCAGUAAAUUGGUGGAACAAGACCUGCAGAAUUUAAUGUUUGGAGACUAUAUGAACCCUGACAUGGAGCCUGAUGAGCGCCUGUAUGCUGAGGUCACCGCCAUAGAGAGUUUUGCUGAAGUGGUGGAGGCAUGUCUCGUUGAAUACAACCAGAUGAACAAGAGCCGCAUGAAUCUCGUCAUUUUCCGCUAUGUCUUGGAGCACCUGUCCCGUAUAAGCCGUGUGUUGAAGCAGCCAGGAGGGAAUGCCCUACUAGUAGGAGUGGGUGGCAGUGGACGCCAGUCCAUCACUCGAUUGGCCACAUUCAUCUCUCAGAUGACUCUCUUCCAGCCUGAGAUAUCAAAGAACUAUGGCAUGGUGGAGUGGAGAGAUGACCUCAAGCAACUGCUGAAGAAUGCUGGGGUGAAAGGUCAAAGAAUAGUUUGUUUGCUCACUGAUGCACAGAUCAAAAGUGAAGCUUUUCUAGAAGAUAUAAACAGUGUCCUGAACACAGGAGAAGUUCCCAAUUUGUUUGCCAUGGAUGAAAAACAGGAUAUCAUUGAGACAGUACGCCCCAUUGCCCAAGGGAAGAAUAGGAGUGUAGAGUUGAGCCCUUUGACUCUGUUCUCCUUCUUUGUGGCACGCUGCAAGGAGAACCUUCACUUUAUUGUGGCUUUCAGUCCGAUUGGUGAAGCCUUACGUAAUCGCCUGCGACAGUUUCCUUCUCUUGUUAACUGUUGCACCAUUAAUUGGUUCCAGCCUUGGCCAGAGGAGGCUCUAGAUCAGGUAGCCACCUCUUUCCUGAAGCCGCUGGAGAUGAAAGAAGAUGAGCAGAAGGAAGUGGUACCAAUCUGCAAAACUUUCCACACCUCUGCCAGUCAGCUUUCACACAGAUUCCUUACUGAGCUUGGUCGCCAUAAUUAUGUUACUCCCACAUCCUAUCUGGAGUUGAUGGCAGCUUUCAGCCAGCUCCUUACUAAGAAAAGAGACGCAGUCAUGAAGGCAAAAAAGAGAUACACCAAUGGUCUGGCAAAACUAGCAUUUGCAGAAUCUCAGGUUGGUGAGAUGAAAGUGGAGCUGAUAGAAUUGCAGCCCAAACUAAAAGAGGCCCAAAUUGAAAAUGAGAGGAUGAUGAAGGUGAUUGCAGUAGAGUCCGCAGAGGUGGAAGUUACAAGUAAACUUGUGCGUGUGGAAGAGGAGGCCACAGCUAUCCAAGCUGCUGAGGCUCAAGCUCUAAAGGAUGAGUGUGACAGUGAAUUAGCUGAGGCCAUUCCUGCCCUGGAGGAGGCAACCGCGGCCUUGAACACCUUAAAGCCUGCUGACGUCACAGUUGUGAAGUCCAUGAAAAGCCCUCCCUCAGGAGUGAAACUAGUGAUGUCAGCCGUGUGCGUCAUGAUGGGAAAAACACCUGAUAAGAUUACGGAUCCUGCUGGGUCUGGGAAAAAAAUUCUCGACUACUGGUGUCCGAGCAAGAAGCUAUUGGGUGAUAUGAACUUUUUACGCGAUCUUAGAGAAUAUGACAAAGACAAUAUUGCUGACGAUGCUAUCCAAAAAAUCCGUUCUACGUACAUAACCAAUCCUGACUUUAAUCCUGCUCAAGUGGCAAAAGCCUCCUCGGCAGCAGAGGGCCUAUGCAAGUGGAUCAAAGCAAUGGAGUCAUAUGACAGGGUGGUGAAGAUUGUCGCUCCCAAAAAGGCCAAACAAGCCGAGGCCCAGGAGACCCUGGCUUCUGCCAUGGCCACGCUAACAGAGAAGAGAGCCAAACUGAAGGAGGUUGAAGACCGUUUGGAUGACCUUAAAAGAACGUCUGAGGAAAAAACAGAGGAGAAAGCCAAACUGGAAGCCCAGAGAGAUUUGUGUCAAAGGAAGUUAGAGCGAGCUGAGAAACUCAUUGGUGGUCUGGGUGGAGAAAAAACAAGAUGGUCGAAAGCUGCUGAUGAUUUGCAAAACACAUAUGACAACCUGACUGGAGACGUCCUUAUUUCUGCUGGUGUUAUGGCCUACCUGGGCGCUUUUACUGCCAGUUUCAGACAGGACUGCACCAAUAACUGGAUCAGGCUGUGUCAAUCCAGGAAAAUACCAUCAUCAGAUGAUUUCUCUCUGAGUAAAACCCUGGGAGAUCCCAUUAAGAUUAGGGCGUGGAACAUUGCUGGUCUCCCCACUGACUCUUUCUCCAUCGACAAUGGUGUCAUUACCAGUAAUUCCCGCCGAUGGCCCCUGAUGAUUGACCCUCAGGGUCAGGCCAACAAAUGGGUUAAGAAGUCAGAAAAAGAAAACAAGUUGAAUGUUAUCAAAUUGACGGAUGAUGACUACAUGAGAACUUUAGAAAACUGUAUUCAAUUUGGAAGCCCCUUGCUGCUAGAAAAUGUACCAGAAGAGUUGGACCCAUCACUGGAACCUCUACUCCUCAAACAAACUUUCAAGCAAGGUGGUGUGGAAUGCAUAAAACUGGGGGAAAGUGUGAUUGAGUACUCCCAAGAUUUCCGAUUUUACAUCACCACUAAACUGAGGAAUCCUCAUUAUCUACCUGAACUGGCCACCAAGGUUUCUUUGCUCAAUUUUAUGAUCACCCCAGAAGGUUUAGAGGACCAACUGCUGGGGAUUGUGGUUGCAAAGGAAAGACCCGAGCUGGAAGAGGAGAGGAAUGCACUAAUUCUGCAGUCAGCUGCAAAUAACAGGCAAUUAAAGGAAAUUGAGGACAAGAUCCUUGAGACACUUUCGUCAUCAGAGGGAAAUAUUUUGGAAGAUGAGACUGCUAUUCAGAUUUUAGACUCUGCAAAGAUCAUGUCCAACGAGAUUUCCAAGAAACAAAAGAUUGCAGAAGAGACUGAGAUUAAGAUAGCAGAGUCGAGAGAGUUUUACAGAUCCAUUGCCAAGCACUCCACCGUCUUGUUCUUCACCAUUGCUGACCUGACCAACAUCGACCCAAUGUAUCAGUACUCGCUCACCUGGUUUGUCAACCUGUAUACGCACUCUAUCCAAGACAGUAAAAAGUCCAAGAUCCUGGAAAAGAGACUCAUGUACUUGAUUGAUUACUUCACUUAUAACUUAUUCUGCAACGUGUGUCGAUCACUGUUUGAGAAGGACAAACUCCUCUUCUCCUUUCUCCUCUGCUGCAAUCUACUUCUGGAAAAACAGGAGAUUGAGUACACUGACUUAAUCUUUUUGAUGACGGGAGGCGUGGGUCUGCAGAAUACCAUUGCUAAUCCCGAUCCAAGCUGGUUGCAGGACAAGAGCUGGGAUGAGAUUUGCCGAGCCAACGAGCUUCCUGCUUUAAAAGGAAUUAAAAAUGCUUUCAUUGAGGGUCCAGAACUUUUCAAGCCAAUUUUUGACAGCAAAGAGCCUAGCAACACUCCAGUGCCUGCACCUUGGUGUGAUAAACUUAAUGAACUGCAGAAGAUGAUCAUCAUCCGCUGUCUCAGGCCAGAUAAGAUUGUGCCAGCUGUAAACAAAUUCGUCAUAACUAAACUUGGGAAAAAUUUUGUUCAGCCCCCUCCCUUUGACUUAAGUAAGAGCUAUCUGGACUCCAACUCCACCAUCCCACUGGUGUUUGUGCUUUCUCCUGGUGCUGAUCCCAUGGCGAGCUUACUGAAGUUUGCAGGUGACAAGGACAUGGCUGGUAGCAAGUUCCAGUCUAUUUCUCUGGGGCAGGGCCAAGGACCCAUUGCUUCCAAAAUGAUAUCCACAGCUAUGCAGGAUGGGACAUGGGUGUGUUUGCAGAAUUGUCACCUGGCAGUGUCCUGGAUGUCCACCCUGGAAAAGAUCUGUGAGGACUUUAGUCCUGCGACAUGCCACCCAGACUUCAGACUUUGGCUCACUAGCUACCCUUCGCCAAAGUUUCCAGUGAUCGUACUGCAAAAUGGAGUGAAAAUGACAAAUGAACCUCCGACGGGGCUUCGACUAAACAUACUGCAGUCGUACAUGUCAGAUCCUGUCUGUGACCAAACAUUUUUUAACAACUGUCCUAAUAAGGAACUAAUUUGGGAAAAGCUCCUUUAUGGGCUGUGCUUCUUCCAUGCGCUUAUUCAGGAGAGGAGGAAGUUUGGUCCACUAGGCUGGAAUAUUCCUUACGGCUUCAAUGAAACUGACCUUCACAUAAGUAUCAGACAGCUACAGUUGUUUAUCAACGAAUAUGAUGAGGUGCCCUUCGAGGCCAUAACUUAUCUGACCGGAGAAUGCAACUAUGGAGGCCGUGUGACAGACAACUGGGAUCGGCGCCUCCUGAACACAAUGUUGGCUGACUUCUACAACAAGGAUGUGGUGGAUAAACCCUCUUAUCCUUUCUCACCGAGUGGUGACUAUGUUGCACCUCCCAAAUCGACCUAUGGAGAAUACUUGCGUUUUAUCAAGGAGCUUCCAGUCAGCCAGCACCCAGAAAUAUUUGGGAUGAAUGAAAAUGUGGACAUUUCUAAGGAUCUGCAGGGGACCAAGCUGCUGUUUGAUUCACUGCUGCUCACUCAAGGAGGGGGCUCUAAAGGAGGGGGUGGCUCUGGGAGUGACAACGCACUGUAUGACAUUGCCAAUGAUGUUCUCACUAAGCUUCCAAAUUAUUUUGACCUUGAAGCAGCUCUCUUGAAGUACCCAGUCCUUUACAAGGAGAGUAUGAACACUGUGCUUGUCCAAGAAAUGGAGCGCUACAACACGCUGUGUGGUGCGAUCCGUGUCAGUCUUCAGAAUUUGCUGAAGGCCCUCCAGGGUUUAGUGGUGAUGGAUGCAGAGCUGGAGGGAAUUGCAAAUAGUUUAAUAGUGGGCAAAGUCCCAGAAAAAUGGGCCAAACGCUCAUACCCGAGCCUCAAGCCUCUGGGCAGCUACGUUAACGACUUUUUGACAAGGCUCAAGUUUUUGCGAGAUUGGUAUAACUCUGGUAAACCCAGUGUGUUCUGGCUGCCAGGCUUCUUCUUCACCCAGGCCUUCUUAACCGGGGCUACACAGAACUAUGCCAGGAAAUAUAACAUUCCGAUUGACGAGCUGGGCUUUGACUUUGAGGUUCUUCCAAUAAAUGAUUCAGACAUGCCUCCUGAAGAUGGAGUCUACAUUAAUGGAUUGUUUCUUGAUGGAGCUCGAUGGGACAAAGAGAGUGGAGCUUUAGCCGAGCAAUGUCCCAAAAUCCUAUUUGUGUCGAUGCCCAUUAUCUGGAUAAAACCAACUAAAGACAUUCCAGAGGAAUCAGACGGUCGCUAUCUUUCUCCUCUCUACAAGACCAGCGAAAGGAGGGGAAACCUCUCCACGACAGGACAUUCCACCAAUUUUGUCAUUCCAUUGAUGUUGCCCACCACCAAGCGCCCUCAACACUGGAUCAAGCGUGGUGUGGCGCUACUCUGUCAGCUUGAUGACUGAUUGUGUCACUGGCCAUCCAGCAUCUGUUUUCUAUACCACUUUUCAUAAUUUUGGCUAUGCACAAGCUAGAGCCUAUCCCAGCUCACGUUUAACAAGAGGCGGGAUAGACCCUGGACCAGUGUUUUGAAAAUUACUUUUAAAAGUAAUUAAUUAUAGUUACUUGUUUCUUUACCAAAAAAAUAAUUUAAUUACUAACGGAAUUACAAUUAAAUAAAUGUAAUUAAUUACUAGGGAAAGUAAUUAAUAUAUCACUAAAAAAAACAACUAUCUGGCAUUUGCAGUUGAAAGUUGUGCAUGUGUCUUUGCUUAUAAAAGGUGGGCCCCGUUGCCAAGUGACGUGUGACGUCAUCGAGGGUUUCAAUGGAGCUUACCAUGAAUUGAUUAAAGUGGACCCCGACUUAAACAAGUUGAAAAACGUAUUCGGGUGUUACCAUUUAGUGGUCAAUUGUAUGGAAUAUGUACUGUACUGUGCAAUCUACUAAUACAACUUUCAAUCAACCAAUCAAUAUAAAGCUGUGUUUGCAGCGGCAGUGUGUCCGCUCUGAUGCCAGAUUUUUAAAAAUCUUUUCAUUGGGUUGUGUUACCUCUGGUUAUUAAACAGAUUAAAUGUGCUUCGAUGGCUGUUAUAUUUUCUUGUCAACAAACGGUGUAUUGUAUGGAUGGCAAGUUUGUCACUUCAAUCAUUGAUUUAUUUUUCAUUAUUCCAAUCGUGUAUGUGUGCAUAUGUUGUCUGCUGUGUCGCAUUAUGAUGGUGCCUCUUCCUAUUUGACAUCAAGUUCA